AUGUCUGGUGGAGACGGCAUCCCAACUUUCAAGCUUGUCCUCGUUGGAGAUGGAGGUACCGGAAAGACCACUUUCGUCAAGCGUCACUUGACUGGAGAAUUCGAGAAGAAGUAUGUCGCUACACUUGGAGUCGAAGUACAUCCACUCGUCUUCCACACCAAUCGCGGACAAAUUCGUUUCAACGUGUGGGACACUGCUGGACAAGAGAAGUUUGGUGGUCUUCGUGACGGAUACUAUAUCCAAGGUCAAUGCGCCAUCAUCAUGUUCGAUGUCACUGCUCGUGUAACCUAUAAGAAUGUUCCAAACUGGCAUCGUGACUUGGCCAGAGUAUGCGAAAACAUCCCAAUUGUUCUCUGCGGAAACAAGGUUGACGUCAAGGAUCGUAAAGUCAAGGCCAAGACUAUCACUUUCCACCGAAAGAAGAACCUUCAAUACUACGACAUUUCCGCCAAGUCCAACUACAACUUCGAAAAGCCAUUCCUUUGGCUCGCCAGAAAGCUGCUCGGAGAUCCAAAUCUCGAGUUCGUUGCCAUGCCAGCUUUGGCUCCUCCAGAGGUUCAAAUGGACCCAGCCAUGAUUGCUGAAUACGAGAAGGAUCUGGACAACGCCGCCAAGGCUGAUCUUCCGGAUGACGACGACGAUCUUUAA